UAUAUCAGUUCAGGGAGAGUUUGCCCAAAAUAAAAAAAGUGAUCAUCUACUUACACACUUAUCAUUCAAAAGUUCAAGCUAUGGUUAUAAUAUUUGUUUUACAUAUUUUGAUUAGGCAUAAAAAGAAUGAACCUCCACACUCAUCCUAGAGGUGGCCCACUGAUGGCUGUGGAGCUGAAAAAUAAUAUUGUUGUUCACUGGAGCAUGCAUGGUGUUCUUUGCGACUUGGUGUAGUUAUGCCUAUCAUUUACCUACAUUACAUCAGCAAUGAUAUUGAUGAAAUAGCCGGUGGGGCUCAUGCAGUCAUUGUCUUCACAUACUGUUCUCACCUGGUCUUUCACCCGAUAACAUUUUACAUAUAUGAAGUGGCCAAAAUCCGCCAGUCUGUUGUUGCACUGCUGAGUCGUGCUCCAGAGACCACCGUCAUCAUCAAGUCUGGAAACACUGCAGGACUAAAGAAUAUUUAUCAAAGUGAUUGGUACAUGUUGCAAUUGAACACAGUGAUGCAGGAGAUGUUCAGAGACAUUGAUGGAGUCAUCCUCUUGGAUGUCUGGCAGAUGACUUCCUGUCACUAUCUACCUGAAAACAUUCACCCAGGACCAGUUGUCAUUGCUAAUGAAAUCGACAUGUUGCUGUCAUAUAUCUGUCCUGCCUGAGGCCUGUUCAAGUUGAUUUGGUUCCAUGAAGGAAAUGGGAAAACUACCUGGUUGGGGGAAGACUAAACAAAUUGUUCCUUAUCUGGAUUUCCUCUAACACUGACCCAAUGAAAAGAUCUCUUGGUUAUCAGUUUUGUUUGUACAGUGUACCUCUAAACAUAUUGCUGUCCACUUUAAAAAAAAAAAAAAAAUGUAUAUAUAUAUAUAUAUAUAUAUAUAUAUAUAUAUAUAUAUAUAUAUAUAUAUAAUAAAAAACACAGUGAUUUACCAUUAGGUACGGCUGCCAAAACAAAAACCCUCAAAUUAAUACAAAAUAUUCUAAUUUAAAAUAAAGU